AUGGCCGACCAGACAGAUCGAUUUGCCAUACAUGCAGCAUGCCGCGAAGGCCAAGUCACUGUGGUUGAAUCUCUCUUGAAUGCGGAUCCAAAGCUGGCAAACCGCAAGGAUGACGAUGGCCGUCUGCCCAUACACUGGGCUGCAUCCUCCAACCAGCUGGAGAUUGUGCGCCUUCUAACUCAGGUGAAAGGUUUCGAUCCUGACGUUCAGGAUGACAGCGGUUGGACACCGUUAAUGAUCGCGGCCAGUGUCAGAGACGCUGAGCCUGUUGUUGAUUUGCUUCUGAACAGAGGGGCUAGUGUGGACGAGAAGAACCAUAACGGACAGACUGUCCUCCAUUUUGUUGCUUCAAAGAGCAACAUCGACCUCGCGAAGAAGUUGCUUGAGGGCUCGCCUUCUGCAUCGGCUCGUGUUCGGGAUAAACGCGGCCAGUACGCGAUCCACCGCGCUGCGGCAGUCGGCUCUGCACCGAUGGUGACUUUGCUUCUAAAACACCGCAGCCCAUUGAAUGCAACCGACAAUUAUGGUCAGACGGCGCUGCACCAUGCGGUGGCCGAAGGACAUGGUGACACUGCCGUGGCUCUUCUCAAGGCAGGCGCUGAGACGGAGAAGAAGGAUCAGUCUGGUUUUUUGGCCCUCGAUCUUGCGCCAGACAAGGAGGUGCGGAAGUAUAUUAUUCAGGCGGCUGAGAGAGAGGGCAUAGAGCUGGCAUGA